CCUUGGUUUCCCUUGGGCAGGAACACACCUAGGAAUGGGAUAUCGCUGCUCAGGAAAUGCAGAUGUUAGACUUUACCAAAUUAUGCUGAACUGACUUCCCAGGUAGUGGCCCCUUGUCAGUGCCAGUGGCUGAGUGGUCCUUCUGUCAUCCUGUGCUCUCGGCCCCUCCUGGCCCCGCCAGACUAGCGCUGUCAGUGUAGCAGCGGGUGAGCUCUCACCGCGGCCUAACUCACCAUCCUGCUCCCACCCUAGGUUCUACUGGGACCUGAUCAUGCUUCUGCUGAUGGUGGGGAACCUCAUUGUACUGCCAGUGGGCAUCACCUUCUUCAAAGAAGAGAACUCUCCCCCCUGGAUCGUCUUCAAUGUCCUCUCCGACACUUUCUUCCUGCUGGAUCUGGUGCUCAACUUCCGCACAGGCAUCGUGGUAGAGGAGGGCUCUGAGAUCCUGCUGGCACCUCGGGCCAUCCGCACGCGCUACCUGCGCACCUGGUUCCUGGUGGACUUCAUCUCCUCCAUCCCCGUGGAUUACAUCUUCCUGGUGGUGGAGCUGGAGCCCCGGCUGGACGCUGAGGUCUACAAAACGGCUCGGGCCCUGCGCAUUGUGCGCUUCACCAAGAUCCUCAGUCUGCUGCGGCUUCUCCGCCUCUCCCGCCUCAUCCGUUAUAUACACCAGUGGGAGGAGAUCUUCCACAUGACCUACGACCUGGCCAGCGCUGUGGUCCGCAUCUUCAACCUCAUUGGGAUGAUGCUGCUGCUCUGCCACUGGGACGGCUGUCUGCAGUUCCUGGUCCCCAUGCUGCAGGACUUCCCGCCCGACUGCUGGGUCUCCAUGAACCGCAUGGUGAACCACUCGUGGGGCCGCCAGUACUCCCACGCCCUGUUCAAGGCCAUGAGCCACAUGCUGUGCAUUGGCUAUGGGCAGCAGGCGCCCGUGGGCACGCCCGACGUCUGGCUCACCAUGCUCAGCAUGGUCGUGGGUGCCACCUGCUACGCCAUGUUCAUCGGCCACGCCACCGCCCUCAUCCAGUCCCUGGACUCUUCCCGGCGUCAAUACCAGGAGAAGUACAAGCAGGUGGAGCAGUACAUGUCCUUCCACAAGCUUCCAGCUGACACCCGGCAGCGCAUCCAUGAGUAUUAUGAGCACCGCUACCAGGGCAAGAUGUUCAACGAGGAGAGCAUCCUGGGGGAGCUGAGCGAGCCCCUGCGGGAGGAGAUCAUUAACUUCACCUGCCGGGGCCUGGUGGCCCACAUGCCGCUGUUUGCCCACGCCGACCCCAGCUUUGUCACAGCAGUUCUCACGAAGCUACGCUUUGAGGUCUUCCAGCCAGGGGACCUCGUGGUGCGUGAAGGCUCUGUGGGCAGGAAGAUGUACUUCAUCCAGCACGGGCUGCUCAGCGUGCUGGCGCGAGGCGUCCGGGACACCCGCCUGACCGACGGAUCCUACUUUGGGGAGAUCUGCCUGCUGACUCGGGGCCGGCGCACGGCCAGUGUGCGGGCUGACACCUACUGCCGCCUCUACUCCCUCAGCGUGGACCACUUCAACGCCGUCCUCGAGGAGUUCCCCAUGAUGCGCCGGGCUUUUGAGACCGUGGCCGUGGACCGGCUGCGCCGCAUCGGCAAGAAGAACUCCAUACUGCAGCGCAAGCGCUCAGAGCCAAGUCCAGGCGGCGGCGGCGGCGUCAUGGAGCAGCACCUGGUCCAACACGAUAGGGACAUGGCCCGGGGUGUUCGGGGCCUGGCUCCGCUCAGUGGGAAGCCGGUGCUGUGGGAGCCGCUGGCGGUGGAAUCACUGAACUAAAUCCCCGGCCCACU